AUGCUGCAGGUUCUGCAAUGUAUGCUGCAUUGCGCAGAUCUGAACAGUCCCACCAAGCCCUUUGAAAUCUACAAACAGUGGACAUUCGGAGUGAUGGAGGAGUUCUUUAAGCAAGGCGACAAGGAGAAGGAACUUGGGAUCGAAAUCAGCGCCAUGUGUGAUCGAGACUCUGUUGUGGUAGACAAAGCUCAAAUUGGAUUCAUCGAUUUUGUAAUUCAUCCCCUAUGGGAUACGUGGUGUGAUUUGGUUCAUCCCGCUGGUGAAAAUAUUCUGGAAACCCUCGACGCUAAUCGUGAUUUCAUCCUCAACGAAUCGCCCUUCAAAGAAUUCGAAAUGAAGGCUAAGGAAAAAGGAAGCGCCUUAACAGCAAACGCCCAAAAAUGA